AUGGGUGUUAUCAAAUCCCUAACCGUCGCUCUCGCGGCCUUGCCACUCAGUAUCGCAACGCAGACUUUCCAAAAUGGCGGCACUAAAGCUGGAUUCGACUAUGUACUCACAGAGAACAAAGGUCAAGUCCUUGAGGUGUCAGACAUCACAUAUAAAGGCACUUCGGCUCUCCUAAUGCAACAAACCUUUACGCCUGGUUACCAAGGUCGAUACCACUCUGAGGUUUAUCACAACCAGGGAUAUAAGCGUGGCGAUGAGUUAUUCUAUGGUUUCAUGUUCCGUUUAUCUUCAUCUUGGGAGUUUGAUAAGCAAUCAUACAACAUUGCUCAGUUUAUUGCCGAUCGACCCGGUGCAGGUUGUGAUGGCGAUGAUUGGAUGCCAUCGUCACUCAUUUGGUUAGAGGGUAACCAGCUCAACUCCCGAAUUGUCAGCGGCAACUACCGCCAACCAGACUGCAGUCGUAGCUUCACCGGCACGGGAAACAUUGCGACAGUAUCCGCCGGCGUCUGGCAUAAAGUCAUCAUUCAAGCCAAAUGGGCCAGCGACAGUUCGGGCUAUUACAAGAUGUGGUUCGAUAACAACAAGGUCUAUGAGCACUAUAAUAUUGCAACAACAACCAAUGAUGACUACGAAUUUGCGUUCCGUGUUGGUCUUUACGCCAACGGCUGGCAUGAUGAUAACCACUCAAUGGUCGGCAACCAGGGUUUCCGUCAAAUCUGGUAUGACGAGGUUGCUGUUGGUACCACUUUCAAGGAUGUGGACCCUGAUCAGUACGAAUAA